AUGGUAUUGACUGGCAGUGUAGAAGCAGCAGCAGCAGCUCUACAGAAACGCGUGUCUAUUGAAGAUGAAGCAGCAGAAGCAGUUACAGCUUCAGGUGUAUCUGCAGCAGCACUCAAUAACUUAGAGGAGAAGCAAAUUGCUACUCUCAGCAAUCUGUCUCAGAGACAAAUGCUUACUGUUGUAAAUGGGCUUAUUGAAGGAAGGAAGCUGGAGGAUCUUCUCGCAGAGACUGCCCCUGACGUUGCGGCGAGAGUUGAACAGGUUGCAGCUGAACAAGCAGCAGCAGAUACUGUCGAGACCGACGCAGAAACAGCAGCAGCAGCAGCUGCUGCUGCUGCUGCUGCAGCAGCAGCAAAAGAAGCGAGCGAUGAAGACAUAACUCCUGAACAGCUUAUUAACAUUGCAAAGUUUGUUCCUCUCCGACUCACUUAUGAAGAGAGAAGGUUUUUGCGUUUAUUAGAAGGGGCCUUGGAGGUCUCAGAAUAUGUAGACAAAAUUGAUGUUCUCUGCACAAACAAAGCACGAAAAAUAGUUAAAGAAAUUCGACAUCUCUGCGCUGUAUUGGUUGGGCUCCUCAUUGCUAACGACUUCGUGUUUGAGAUUGGUAGGCGGUAUAAAAUAUUAAACCCUGAAAGACUGAGAUCAGCAUACGGCAAGCUUAUUUACUUCUUGAUGGAUAGUAAUAAGCCGGAAAUACAGCAAUUGCUGCAGUUUCAACUCGUUACACCAGUACACACGGUUUAUUCGCUUUUGGCUUCAAAGAAGAACGGCUUGGCGCUGCUGAAGGAUCCGCUCGUUAAGAUUGCAACGCGAGAGAUAAUGCCGGAGAACAAGUCGCGAGCGCAAAUAGACAGAGAGAUAAGAGAAAAAGAAGCAGCAGUCAAAGCCUUAACUCGUAAAUAUGCUUCCAGCCAAACCCCCAAACAAAAGGCUCUCUUCGGACUUAGGUUUAAUUUGUUUGCGAAGGGAUCUCAAGGAGAGACCUUCGAAGGGCCCUCUGAUGUUUUGUCUGCUGAAGAAGUGCAGCAAUGUUUAUAUUCUUUGGGCGACAGAAAUACAUUUCUACGAUAUAAUCAAAAACCCUGCCAGCAAAUGAUACAGUACUUACAGCAGAACUUCAGGCCUGAUGAAGCUGAAGACGAAUUCUCGCUUGCAAUUUGUUACGGGGCAAACGGAGCGAGGCUUGCACAUUCUCACAGGGUUCAAGAUGCUCCUCGGGUGUCUCGCGCAAUUCGCAUAAUAGUGGAGAAGGUGCAGAGGCAAACGCAAGGAUGGAUUGGUUCUUCUGUUGUUCAUUUGGGUGAUAACAACGUGCCUAACGCCCUCAUGUUCAUUGACAAAUAUGUGCAAGUCCCGCGCAUUUUGUCUCCUGUCGUCUCUUGUUUAGAAAAACUGCCUGAGUUAAACUCAGACCCUUCAAUUAAUAAAUACUUUACUUAUGCCUUUGGUGGAGUAGACAGAUUGAGAUUGAACAAAAACCUUACUUCAAAGUCUUCUUACUCGCAGGAUUCACAGGUGUGCUGCCAGUCGUUUCACGGCUUAAUGGAGUUUUCCCAGAGUGCGCCCUGA